CCUCCUUCAUCCCAACAAAGAGAAAGAGCUAGAGAAAGAGACAACCUAUCGAAGAUAUCCCUGCCACUCACUUUACAAAAACACAUACGCCUUCAGCGAUUUAUCGAAGUAAAAAUUACGAAUGCGCUCCACCAUCCUUUGCCUUGCUGCUCUCGCUCAGCUCGCCCUUACCGCCGUUGCUGACAAGCAUGUCACCAUCCCACUGUACCGAAGAUCACCUUCGCCUUUCUAUCAAGCUGCUGGAGAGCAGAUAGAUGACGGUGUUCUUGCUGGUAAGAUUUCCGUCGGUACUCCUCCUCAGGAGUUCAACGUUGUCUUCGACACCAGCACCGGUUUGAGUUGGAUUCGUGGCUCAAAGUGCCGAUCUGAAAACUGUCUCGACCGUUGCACUUACUACUCUACCCGCUCAAAGACCGCCGUGUCAACUGGUCACAAGUACUCUGUCAACUAUGGCGAUGCUUGCGUUGAUACUCGUGUCUACUUGGACACCGUCACCUUCAGCGACCGAACCGUUCCCAACAUGCCUAUCGGUGGUGCCGAUCGCAUGAGCGGAUUCGACGCCGGUUUCGACGGUUACCUCGGUCUCGGUCCCAACAUUCAGUUCAACAAGACUGGCAAGCUCUAUGCUGGCAACGGCAACUUGCAACGUCGUCAAGACUUGAUGACCCAACCUAGCAGUUUUGUUAACGCUGCUUUUCAAAUUGGUCAAAUCGAAAGUCCUCAGUUCGGUGUGUUCAUCUCCACUAACACCACCGUUGCUCCUACCACUGCUCCCGUCGAUCCUGCCACCCCCGUCACUACCACCCCUACCACCGACACUGCCAGCACUGGUUUUGUCAAGCGUACUACUGAAAGUGCUCCCGCUGGAUACCUCAUCUUUGGUGGUGUUGACAAGUCUAAGAUCACUGGUGACUUCAACUACCUUACCCUCGCUGACCCUGUCGAGGGCGAGACCCGCAACUGGGAUGUCUGCUUGAAGAAGGCUGACUUUGGUAACGGUUUGGAUUUCCAACAAAGCGAAGACACCAUUGCUUCCAUCAGUACCUCUUCAUCCUACAUCACCAUGCCUUGCCACCAAGCCGACAAGUUCCACGACAAGUUCGGUGGAAAGUUCCUCGAAUCCACUCAAACUUAUACCAUCAAGUGCAGCGAAAUUAGCAAGAUGCCUCCUCUCAAGCUCAGAUUCGAUGAGUACACUGUCACCCUUCCUGCCUCUUACUGGACCCGCGAAAUCGAUGGCGACAGAGAUUGCUGCGAGACUUUGAUCCGAAAGGGUGUCUCUAACCGCGACUGGUCUCUUGGUACCGCCUUUACCCAUGCUUUCUACACCAGCUUCAAUUCUGAGAAGGAAGCUGUUGGUCUUGGUGUGCUCAAGGGCUCUCCCAGUGGUCUCAAGAUCACCAAGAACUAAGCCAAUCUUCUGCACAGCCAGCAAACGAUUCACUCUCAUUUUUCUUCAUUGUUUUCUCUUGAAAGAACAAUAAAACAAAUGCACAGGAAACAAUGGAUCAUGCAGCUUCAUUAACGUUUUUUUUUUUUUAUUGUUAAACCCUUCACACCCCAUAUUCCCUCUCUCCCCCUUUUAUGCGAUGCCCUUCAUUUUGUACCACUCCUUUUGUACUCUCGCUUUUUGCCACAUUAUUAAAUGCAGAAAAGAAUAACAGUUUUUAUGAACCAUAGCUGUAUUGUCUGUCAGUCCAGAGGGUCGAAUCGGUUGGCUGGUUUAGCUUACUGGCGGUAUCGUCUGUCUAGCCUGGCUGAUUUACCUCACUGGCGUGACAUGGUCUGGGAGGGGGGGGAAAUUUCACGCUCCCAAAAUUUUUGAUCCU